AUGCCACCAAUUCGCAAUAAAAACGAAAAGAAUUUAGCAGAGCAAGAGGGGCGGAUCUUGUUAGCUAUUUCCGACUUAAAAAAUGGAAAAAUCUCAAGUGUGUAUCAAGCUGCAAUCAUUUACAAUAUUCCUCGGACGACGCUAUAUGACAGGUUAAACGGAAUUCAACAAAGAUCUAUAAUACGUGCCAAUGGACAUAAAUUGUCUCAAUUUGAAGAGGAAUCACUUGUCAAAUGGGUACUCGAUCUAGACAAACGUGGAUUACCCCCUCGGCACUCUCUUGUACGAGAGAUGGCUAAUUACCUUCUUUCACAACGUGGAAAUCAACAGGUUGGAGAGAAAUGGGUCUAUAAUCUCAUUCAACGUCGCCCAGAGAUUGAAUCAAAAUUUUCACGGAAAUAUAACUACGAGCGUGCUAAAUGCGAAGAUCCGAAGUUAAUCCAAGAAUAUUUUGAUCGCGUACGAGAGGUUAUAUCAAAGUACGGAAUCUUACCAGAAGAUAUCUACAAUUUUGAUGAGACUGGCUUUGCUAUGGGACUCUGUGCAACCGCAAAGGUUAUUACUGGAAGCGAUCGAUAUGCUCGGCCAAAGCUAUUACAGCCUGGAAAUCGAGAAUGGGUGACUGCAAUUGAGGCAACUAAUUCAACUGGAUGGGCCCUGCCUUCAUACAUCAUUUUCAAGGCAAAGAAAUAUACUCGGUUAGGCUGGUUUGAGGAUCUUCCUGAUGACUGGAGAAUCAAUAUCAGUGAUAAUGGAUGGACUACAGAUAAGAUUGGAUUAGAAUGGCUUAAAACCCAUUUUAUUCCUCUUACUAAUGGCCGUGCAAUGGGAAAUUAUCGGAUGUUGAUUCUUGAUGGCCAUGGAAGCCAUUUGACUGCUGAAUUUGACCGUACAUGCACUGAGAAUAAUAUUAUUCCAGUCUGUAUGCCUCCUCAUUCUUCACAUCUUUUACAGCCUCUUGAUGUUGGCUGUUUUGCUGUUUUAAAGCGACAUUAUGGACAGCUUGUUGAGCAGCAAAUGAGGCUUGGAUUUAAUCAUAUUGAUAAACUUGACUUUCUUACUGCAUUCCCAAAGGCUCGUACGAUGGCAUAUAAAGCCCAAACUGUUCGGAAUAGCUUUACAAGAAUAAGCCGGCAUACAAGAAGUUCAUCUGAAGCUAUUGGUGAAGUGUUUACACGGGCAUCAAAGGCUUAUGAGAUGAGUAUUAAUGAGCUUACAAUUACCCAGAAGGAACUCCAUGAUCUACGGGCUGCAUAUGAGAAGGAGAAGCAAAAACGUCAAAAAUCUAAAAAGCAAAUAUCCCAUGAUCAAGGAAUUACCAGAGAGGAAGCUCAGGCACUUUUACAAGGUCAGGUUGAGGCAUCUCAAGCUGUUACCACUGCUCCGGCCGAGCCUGAGCUCCCAGUCUCUCAUCCACCAAAGACCUCAAUGCCCUAA